GUAGCGGGAGACCAACCAUGUGGAAACAACUGACGAAAAACCUAAGCCAUUGCGCUCUUUGAGCUUCGCCGGCGUCAUGUAGCACCUUCUCAACUCCCGCAACAAAGAAAAAACAAACACACACUCUCUCUCAACAUGGCAUCAGUGGGGGCUGGAACUCUUCACCAUCCUUCUCUCCUCCCACUUGUUUCCGACCUCUGUCAUCGACCGCCUCUCUGCUAUAGAGUCUCACAGCAGGCCAUAAGUUGUAAGAAAUGGAAAACGAAGGUGAAAAUUCAUGGGCGCCUUCCAGCACUGAAAUGUUCAUCCCAACCUCAGACCAUCCGCCUUACGACCGGUGAAAAGGAAGAAGGCGAAGAGGCUGAGAUAUCGAGGAUGACUCUGAUAUGGAGGGCCGCCAAAUUGCCUAUAUAUUCCGUGGCACUGGUGCCCCUUACCGUAGGCUCUGCUGCGGCAUAUUUUCAAACUGGUUUUUUCUCUACCAGGCGUUACUUUUUGCUCUUGUUUGCCUCAGUUCUCAUUAUUGCUUGGCUCAAUUUAAGUAAUGAUGUAUAUGAUUAUGACACCGGGGUGGAUAGAAACAAAAAGGAAUCAGUUAUUAAUAUUAUUGGCAGUCAGACAGCCACACAUUUUGCAGCUAUCACAUUUCUUGUGUUUGGCUUUAUGGGGCUCAUUUGGGCGUGUGCAGAAGCAGGAGAUAUCCGUUUCAUUUUGUUAGCCACAUCUGCUAUCCUGUGUGGUUACAUUUAUCAGUGUCCUCCAUUUAGACUUAGUUACCAAGGACUUGGAGAACCAUUGUGCUUUGCAGCCUUUGGUCCUUUUGCCACAACAGCUUUCUAUUUCUCACAAAGUAGUAAAAACUUAACAAGUGGCAUGAACCACCUCUCAUUAAGCGCUACAGUUUUAUGUGCUUCAGUACUUGUUGGACUCACCACUACUUUCAUUCUCUUCUGCAGCCAUUUUCACCAGAUUGAUGGAGAUGCGGCUGUUGGGAAGAUGUCCCCUCUGGUUCGUAUAGGCACAGAAACAGGCUCGAAGCUGAUAAGAAUUGGAAUUUUAGCACUUUAUAUUCUCUUGUUUACUUUUAGCGCAUGCAAAUAUAUUCCUUUGACCUGUUCGUUUCUUUGCGCCAUCACCAUUCCAUUAGCCAAACUGGUUAUGGACUAUGUUGAGCAAAAUCAUAAUAAUAAACUCAAGAUCUUUAUGGCAAAGUAUUACUGUGUUCGGUUACAUUCGUUAUUUGGAGCUGCACUAGCUGUUGGGCUUGUAGUUGCUAGAGGUGGAGUUCAGCUUUAUAACAUAGGCUAGCUUCUCAUGGAGCAUUCAAGGAAAUGAAGGCCUCAGGUCUCAGUGAAAGCACUCCCUUCUUAAACACUUCAAAGAUGUGGCGAGGCCAUUCAGGCCUUGAGCUAAGUUUCUGUACUGCUUAGCUUGCUCAGACCUGAGCUUAGUUUCAGAUAACAAGAUUGGUCUCUCCCUGACAACGAAAUUAUUUUGUGCGGAGACUGGACGCAGAGUUGAGUUCGGACUGUGAGUGUACACAGUAUGUAUAUACAGUGUACUUUUAUUUUUAUACACAUUGUGUAAACUUAUACAUACUGUGUACUUUUAUUUUUAUAUGCAUUGUGUACACAAUAUAUGCACACUAUUUACUCCUCCUGGCUUGAACAUGUUUAAUUAAUCAAGUUCGAACA